AUGCACCCGUUCGCCUCAUAUGUCCUCAGGAGCUACUACAAGGCGACGGGCUGGAAUGAGGACAACCUCUACGCAAAUAUCACAAGGUCAUCCAGCGCUAUUCUGGACUUCACUGUGCCGAAGGGCCUACACCUGAAUGUCUCGAAAUCACCAAAUGCGCUGUUCAAGACGACUUACUCUAUGACGGCUAUGCCGUCGCUGAGCGGCUCAGUUGGCUACAUAUUUACCUCUUGUGACCUUGAUGUCAAGUCCUCCAGAGAUGUGCGGUUCAAGAACAUGAUCGACCGCUUCAUGGUCUACGACCAGCCGCGAGUACCAGAAGCAAAGGAAGAGGAAUGGUUAGCGGGAGAACGGGUCGACACACGUGAUUAUCUGCUUUACGGUAGAUUUUACCUUCCAGCCGGUCGGCUAGAUGCUCUAUAUUCGACACGUCUAACGCCUACGCUACAAGCCCUCGUAGCGGCAAUAUCAGAGCACCCGACGUCACCGUCUUCCGCAAACCGCAAGAAUGCAGACCCAAGCAACAUCAUGUUCAACCUCCAGCAUGAUGUAGGCAAAUGGUGCACUGAAUACUCUUGGAGUGCCGAGGACGGGAUGUGGGGGGUUCGUGUGCUUCAUAACUUCGGGCGCAUUGCUUCGGAUUCUCCUGAAGAACCCAGUGGAAAUGGUGCCGGUCCGUCCAAGACAAGUGUCAAGCGGAUUGACGAAGAGGAUGCUAUAGAAGGCGGGCUUAAGGGGCGCCUUUCUAUGGGCGCAGAAUUCUACUUCAGUGCCAAAGAACGUAGUGGAGGAGUUUCUACGGGCAUCAGAUUCUCCACUCUCCCGGAUGCCACACCUCCGUCCUUCCAAGUAUCCCCUCCUUCCUCGUCCCCUCUCGCAAAAGUCGCUACCGCCCCACCGCGGUGGAACGCGUACCAACCCCCAACGACAAUAACAGCGCUCUUCAACCCCAUGUUCGGACACAUGUCCGGAGCGUACGCUGCGCGCGUAUCCCGCGAUUUAUCGCUGGCAUCACGAUUUGAUUUCAACAUGUAUAGUUAUGAGAGCGAGUGGACUAUGGGUGCAGAGUGGUGGCUGCGGCGCGCGCCAUCAACUGAGGUGGACGAAGGAACGGAACCAAUUCCUUCGUUGGUAUCCGACCCGACGAAUACCACCAACGACGUUAUUGGUGUUGUGAAGGCUAGAGCAUCUACCAGCCAGAACGUAUCACUCAUGUGGGAAGGCCGGCUGCGGAACAUGCUUGUCAGCCUUGGAGUUGUGUCCGACUUUUCCAGUCGCACCAAACCUAUAAAAGCUAUCGGACUCGAGUUAUCUUACUUUAGCUCAGGUUGA